UGAGAGGGAUCCUGGAGACCCUGAGGCCAUAAGGGAAACUGAGGCGCCCGCACAGCUGCAGGGUGUCCAUGGCACGCUGGGUACUGUGCAUGAUCCUGGUGCUGGCAGCACUGGCAGGGGUGGUGGGCGAGACCCGCUAUGAGAAGUUCCUGCGGCAGCACGUGGACAACCCCCGGUCUUCCACGCUGGCGGUGCAUCGCUACUGUGAGACCAUGCUGGCACGGCGUCGGGUGACGGCUCCAGGCAGGCCCUGCAAGCCCUCCAACACCUUUGUGCACGCCCCAGCUGAGGACCUGGUGGCUGCCUGCUCCCAGGCGCCUGACCCCACCACAGGGUUCCACAGCACCCCAAGAGCAAUGAGCCUCACUGCCUGCCGCCUUCGCGGCGGGGACACGCGGCCACCCUGUGCGUACCGCGCCCGCCAAUUGCAACACCAUGUGCGCAUGGCUUGCCGUGACGGGCUGCCUGUGCACCUCGCAGGCACCUAUGCGGCUCCGCAGUGAGGCCGUACGCCCUCAGUGCAGGUGUGGAUUCUCCCUCCCAUCAGGGACUCUUGUUAAUACUGGCAAUAAAGGUAUUGUCAGAGG